GCGGAAUGCAUAACCUUAUUGAUAAGCACUUAUGGUCGUUUGCGUUAGAAAAACAACACCACAGUAGAGGAGGAGGGAAAACUAUUAUUAUAAUCAUUAUAUUUAGGAGCCUCAGUGAACUAGAGACUGUAGAGCUUAGCCUUUAAGACUACAGAGAAGCGUUUUUGAUAUGGUAGCUGGUGUAAUGUCUGAGGAAGAAUACAAGACAGCAUUGCAGAAGCAAACUCUCCUGAUGCAGUCGCCCCGUGAAGGGACGCAGUACACUCCAGGAUCUCCUACUAGAAGCAGGACCUCUUCUCCGUCUACUAGCAGCACGAUAGAAUGUGGAGGAGCAGGAGGAGGCCAGAAUGAUGGAGCUGAAGGAGAAGAAAGAAAAAGUCCUCUCUCAAACGGCGACCUACUUUUAAAAAAGAAAAGGCGAUACAGGACCACUUUUACUAGCUUCCAGCUCCGCGAAUUGGAGAAGGCCUUUGAGAGAACGCACUAUCCUGAUGUCUUCACCCGUGAAGAUUUGGCAAACAGAGUAGAACUGACAGAAGCAAGAGUUCAGGUAUGGUUUCAAAACAGAAGAGCAAAAUGGAGAAAGAAAGAGAAGCAGCAAGGUCUCCCCUCUCCGACAGCACAGCCAAUUGCUGCGACCAGCACUCCUCCUGCCUUAAUCUCAUCUCACGAAACCUCCACCCGAGUCAUUACUCUCAAUCCUUCUUCCCUCCUUCAGUCUCCACCAGACACAACAACCACUACCAUAUUAGCCACUCCAGAAGCAAGCGUAGCCCUCCCUACGCUACCCCAGGCAACCACUCCAGUCCCUCUUGCUCAUUUUUUAUCAGGAGCUGCUUCGGGUGCAACCCAGCCGAGACAAUGGCACCACCCUCCAGCCCUCAACUUCCUCUCCACGACUCCUUCCACUAAUACUACAACUCUGAGAGCUAUUACUCUGCCUAAUGGAGGAAUUGUACUCCAACCAACUUUAGCAACUUUACCUGCAACAGCUCCUGCAGGGACAACACAGAUUAUCGGGCUUCAUCCGGCACAGACUGCUGCAGCGUCUGCUGGGGUCUUUGCCCCUCAAAUACUCUCCUCUCCUUUCCAGUUGGCUCAGAUACCAGUGUCCAUGGCGACUGGUUUGUCAUCUGGUGUGAUCACGCUCCAGCUGGCACAGCAAAACGUGACGUCGUCAUAAAACUGAAGUUACUAACUAGUUCCUUGGAUUUUGAGUUAUUAUUAUUAUUAUUAUUAAUUUUUAAAAUAAAUAAAAUCACUUCUCUUUAAUUGGGACAAUAAUUAUUUGC